CCAUUCCCCAAAAAAAAAAGAAAAAAAGAAAAAAGAGGACAAAGAAAAAAGUCACCUCUUUCCUUUCUUUCUCACUUCCCCAUCCCUACAUUUAUUUCCCCUUCUUUAAUGCUCGGUGGGCCUCUUCCCCAUGUGCCUACCUCUCCCUCCCCCCUCUCCCUCCUCCUCCCCGUCCCCCUCAUAAGGAGAUAGAGAAAGAGAGAGAUGGUGUGAGAGACUCAUAAUAAUAAUAUAGAAGAAGAGAAGAGAAGAGAAGAGAAGAGAAAGAGAGAGACUUGUGUUGUGUUGUGUUCUUCCUUUUCUUACUACUCUACUGUUGUUGUUAUGGAAGAAGAGGAGGCGACAUCGGCGUCGCCGAGGAGGGGGAGGAGCAGCAACGCAUCGUCGGCGUCUCCGGAGUUCGAGUUCUGGAUGGUCGGCACCAACCCCUCCUCCUUCCCCCCGCCGCAGCUUCUCUCCGCCGACGAGCUCUUCGCCGACGGCGUCCUCCUCCCCCUCCACCUCCUCCACCCCAACCCCAGCCCCAACCCCAAGGCACCCCAACCCCAACCCCAACCCCAGCCGGACAAGCUCGGCCCCGCCGACAUUGCCGCGCCGCCGAGUUCCGGGUCCAAGCGGUGGAGGGAUAUCUUCAGAGUGGCGGGCGAGAAGAGGGCCGACGACAAGGAGCGCCGCCGCGACCGCAAAACCAGCAGCGCCGCCGCCGCCGCCGCCGAGAUCGGGAUCAACAUAUGGCCCUUCGCGCGGAGCCGCUCCGCCGGGAACGGCGCCGCCGCCGCCGCGCGCUCCCGCUCCGCGGCUGCCGCUGCGCCCGCGCCGGGCCGCAAGGCGAGCAGCGCGCCGUGCUCGCGCAGCAACUCGCGCGGCGAGUCGUCGCCGGCCGCGGCGGCGGGGCCGCCGCGGCGCUGGGCCGCGAGCCCCGGGCGCGCCGGUGGGGUCCACGUCGGCCGGUCGAGCCCGGUCUGGCAAAUACGCCGCGCCGGGAAGGGUCCCGAGCCGCGGGAUAAGGUCGCCGCCUGCAGUCGGCGCCCCGGCGCCGGGGCCGGGGCCGGGGCGCGGGUGCUGAGGCUGAACGUGAACACGUGCAUCGGGUACCGAAGCCACGUGAGCUGCCGCGGCGAUGCCGGGGAUAACAAGAAGAGCGGCGGUGACGGGACUGCGGAGGACGUUAACGGCGGCGGUAACGGUAGCCUCUUUAACCUACGGAACCUCUUCUCCUCUAAGAAGGUCUACUAAUUAAUCUGAUGUGGACUCUUGUUUUUCUUUUUUUCUUUUUUUUUCUUUAUUUUUUUUUUUUCUGGGGUAGGUUUUGGGAGUUUAUAAAGUAUGGUUACUUGUAAAUUAUUAUAACUGCCCUUCAAUGUAAUCUACCUUGUCUUUAUAUUUUUGUUAAACUUUAAAUACCUCUUUUGUUAUUUCACACUUUUUAACUUUAGUAUUAUGUGGUUUAAUA